UGGGGUGUUAAUAUUUCAGAGUAAAGUUAUUUUAACCCAGAUAGAGUAUUUUCAACAUUUUUGAGAGUAAAGUUGCUCUAUCAGUGGAGUUAAAAGUGAGUGUAAAAAUCUGCAGAUACGCAGUGACAAUUUCAACUCUACAGCAGUGAUGAAUACCCGCCACUCUGCUUUGCUGAAGUUUGGCACGUACGUUGGUGGAGGAAGAUUGCGAAGGAGUAGCUAGGCCACAGAUAUUGCUAGAGGCAAAAUGCUGUUGCGUGUUCAGCUCGGGGAAGAGCAGAAAUACGUCAAGCUGUCUGAGCUGACAUUCAAUGCUUUCUUGAAAGAAGUGUGUCUAAAAUUCAACAUACCAGAAAGCAGAAAGCCAGACAUUAAGGUGUAUGACCAGUCUGACACAGAAGUUGACUCAGAUGUUUUUGAAGAAUUAGUAAAGGAGUCACCUGGAACUUUCAGAAUCAUGCUGGGCAAUGGACUUGAUACCUCUCAUUCAUCAUCAUGCUCGGGUACAUCUGAUGACACCAUCAUUCUGAAUUUCACUGUGUGUGACGAUGUUGAAGAAGUAGCGGCUGGCGAAGGAAGCCAGCCUAAAAGGCCAUGCCACAUAAACUAUGAGGCAAAAGCACUGAUUGAAAAAAUCCUAACAUCAAAGCCUGGUGGUGAACGCAUUAUGCAAGAGUACGGAAAAACCAAAUCUCUGACAGAUGCCACCAGAAGACAGAUGAUCAACAUACUUGCUGCUGAGAUGACAGAAACACAUGGGACAUCCCCCCCCAAAAGUGUCAGAGCACAGGGGAUAGUAGCUUUGUUUCCCUAUCUAGAAGACCCAUACUCACAACAUGGAUAUGAUCAUUACUACGAUCCGGAGAGUGGUUCCGGAUACCUUGCAUGGCGAUUGAAGACCAUACAAAGAAAAACAGCAGAGGAAAGAGGUGCCUCAGUCAGCAAAUCUCCUAAAGUUGGUGGGCCAGGCCGUGAUCGUCAGCCCUUCACCUAUGACAGAGAGCCAUCUGAUGAGGAUGUGGAAGCAGCUAUUGCUGUUUUGAGACACUCUGCUGAUGAAAACACUGUCCGUGAGAAGAUGAAAAUGACCUUCAUAUAUCGGCAAGCAAUGGUCAACGAUGAAGCCAAAUCAUCAGAUGUCUUCUCGGUCUUCCCAAGAUUUCUGGACACACCAGGACUGAUAGAACAAGAUUUCAGACUUCUGUUUGGUGAGGCCACAGCCAACAAAUUCUUGGGGAAGUGGCCAACCACUUUCAAAGCAAAAGUAAUAAAGGAAAGCCAUGGACUUGUAUCCACCACAGAACUCUUGGAUUUGAUGCGCAAUGCUGAGUCAGCUGCUGAAGUUGAGAAUGGCUGGGACAGUGACAUGUCUGCCAUCUUGCUGCUGCUACAUUUGCUACCACCAUCUGCACAAGGUAGAAAGAGGCCGGGAAAGAUGUCUGCAUAUCAAGCUGUAGAUCAGCUCAUCAGAUUUCAAAGGUAUGCUUAA